CCAAAUUGUGGAUUUGAGCAACUUUUACAAUUUCAGUCGAAGCAGGACACCAAGGCGUUCAAAUGCCGCCACACUUGUUGUCGUGAGGAUUGCCUGAUUCAAAGUUCAAGCCAGCGACGGUUUGCGUGUUAGAGAAAAUAGAUUUUUGUUUUCUUCCCCAGUCGCGAAUACAAAUUAUAACAAAUCCUUCAAGCAUCGUUUUAUCUGCGAGUGCAAGGUGAUUUUAUCCUGGAAUCCACGGUGCAAAAGGCCUUUAACUGGAACAGAUGGAAAUAACAACAACCAGCUACAGCUAUCAAAUGCCCUCUUCAAUAAUUUUAAAACAACUUCACGUUUUCCACAUUAUCUUAACUUCACAUGUGGAUUGAGACGCGGUUUCCCAAAGUAUCGUCAGUUUCACUGACUAACUCUGAACAUUUUCCCCCCGGGCCCACAAAAGUGCAACACGUGGCGGCAAAUGUAAGGAUGGAACCGAGACGCCCAGUUAAACGGUCUCUCCAGUUAGAAAAUAGGGAAGUAGAGAUAACACCACGCAAGAAGAAACUCGAGAUUUCCGAGGAAAAGUUUUCCCCAGUCACAGGAACACAGUGUCUUAGCCCUUUUACUCCUAAGGAUUCUCAUUUUAGGGCAAACUCCGAUGCUCCAGAGUCACACGCAGAGAAGACAAUGGUGUCCACAAGAGGGCAGCUGAAUUCAGAUCAGAAAGAAUUAAAUAUUUUAAGGUCAAAGGUGGAGAAGUCUGUCUUGGUUAUCCAGUCAAUCAGAGAGAAGCUGCGUGCUUUGAAGGCUUUGGAGAGCAGUAAAGAGUUUGGGUAUUUCAUUGGUGCCUGGAACAAAGGCGACUUGGCCACGGAGCUCCGAAGAAACAGAGAACUUAGCAAUCUACCAUGAUUAAAGAAAGAAUUGGACUGGGCUACCUGAAAAUAAGCUUUGAAAAAAAGCUUGCAGAAAAAAAAGUUAAAGAUACUAACUGAUAUCCCUCAGAGCAUAACUCAGUGCCUAGUUACAAAUUUUAUUUCCAUCAUGUGAUUCUUCAAAUAAUAACACCUUUCCUACUACCUGUAUCACAUUUGCACCAAGCGAGUGCAAGAGAUUUUGCUUGAAAAAGUUUCAUUUGGGGGACGAAAGCUUUUACUUUGUUUACUCAACACUUGUCUUCAUAUAGUAGCUUAUUAAAAGGAAUAUUAUUAGUCAAAAAGUCAUAUAGUCUAGUAUCUUACCAAGCCAAUUAAGUUCCAUAAUGCAGUGAGUCACUUUGUGCACAUGAUGCAGUCUCAAGGUUUGCAAGCUACGUAUCCAUCAUCUUAUUUGGAUAGAAGAAUGCUAACCAACACAAGUCUCUACAUUUUCAAACUUCUUUUUAAAACAUUGCAGGGUUACAUACACAGCAACUUAAUAAGUGACCAUUAGUUUAUUUUUGGUUAUUAAUUGUCAGAGGGAUUUUAACAGAGGGAUUCUUCUGCUCUUGCAAUCGUACUAUAGAUUAUCCAAUAACCUCAAAUCACCAGAACAGGACACCAGGUCUUGGUUUUAACAUCCAUGAAAAUAUAACACUGUGUUGUGCUGAAACAGCAGUCUAGAUGUUAUGAAAGUGUAAAAACUGUUCAGUCCAUCAAACCCUACCCUUCCAUGGAUUAUUUAACCUCCUGAGGAUUCAGUGUUAGUAUCCCAAAGGCUGAUCAAAAGGUUCUCAAAGUAUUUCAUUGUCACUUCACUACUGAAUCUGGGCAUACUGUUCUCACAGCCACAUUAUCACUAGAACAAUAAGAUUUUACAUUCAAAAAGCUUUGUCUUUUCUCAAAUCAUAAUGGCUAAUUCUCUAAACCAGAUUAGAAUACAAAAUAAAUCAUUGUCAAGAACCAGCAACAAAAGAAACACACCGAGUUAUGUAUAAGUGUUAAAAACUAUUUUAUUAAUAACUACUUAUGAUAAUAAGAAAAAUAAAAGUAAAAAUGUUAGAAGUAAAAAUGUUAGAUCUUAAACAUUAACUCCAAAAACUAAACUCGAAGUGUGUGUGUGGCAAAUUCCCAAACUCCAAGUCCAGGAAUAGUUCUCAAAGUUCAGUUCAGCAAGCCAUAAGGUGAAACAUGAGCAAAAGUUUCUGCAAAACCAUCGUUGACUGAAGAGAAGAUGUAGAGAGAAAAUAGAGACAUUACGAAGUCCAAAUGUUCCACGAUGGAACCCAUACGACACCUCAGUGUCUACUCAGCAGUGACUACUCCACCGCUUUGUUCCGAAGCAUCUGCCACCCCGAAAGGCACUCGAAUCGUGGCCGUCCACACAAAUACCUGUUUCCCACUACAGGUUAACGACAAAGUGGACUCCACUGGAUUAUUCCAGAAAUCCAUACGUGGAUUGUAGUGACAAACACAGUUAUUGUUUUUCAUCCAUCGAUAAAGACUAGCAGGCUGGUCUCUCUCUCUCUCUCUGUCCUGACUGACUGCUCCAAAAACGUCAUUACGUCCUUAUCUUCUGUUGACGUAAGCACACCCCACACACACACACACACACACACACACUGUGCUCUGUCUUAAAGGGACAUUCACCAAUAGUAACCCAAUCCAUCAUAAAGUGAGUAAAAUAUGUAAAUAAUUUAUCAUGAUACAUUAUCUAUUUUAAGCUGUCUUUAAUUGUAAGAAAGGGUUAUUAAUAUUUGAAAUUAUUUAGCAUUUGUGCAAUGUUUUGUCUUGCAUCUGUUUUACUGGUUUUUGGAAGAAGUUAAUUACUAUAGUGUAAUUAAAAUCUCACACUGAGCAGGUUACCAUAACUAUAAAGUGCAUUAAUUACCUGUGGCUAUAUCACCCAUAAUAAACAUUAGGACUUAAUGUUUUAUCUGUAUGGACUAAGUAUCAUCAUUGCAUUUGGAGCAAUAUUUCAUGUACUUCAAUUUGUUAAAUAUGGAUUUUGGUUUUUUUUGCAGUGGCGAAUGCACUUUUUAAAUUCAGUAUCUAUAAACCAACCUUAAUUCAGUUUCCAUCAGAACCAUGUUAUUCAUUUCAAUUUCUAAGACGUUCACAUUG